AUGGCGCUCGGGCAGGGACAGGCAGAGCAGACGGGGUGGGAGGGGACGGAAGGUUCACGAGGAGCUGCAGGAGAGAGCGUGGAGGCAGGAGAGGAGGCACAAGCAGAGGAGGCUGAAGGCGCAGGGCACCCGCAGGGGCAGAGCGGCACCACGAGUGUGCAGGGGCUCGCGGAGGAUGAGGAGCUGGAAUCCAUCCCGAGCGAACCUGGCUCUUGGGAUACGCGGCAGGGAGGGAGCCCGGCUCCAUGUGAGCAACCUCCAGGUGAGGUCGAUGCACCCGGAUUAGGGCUGCAGGAGGGAACUGCUGCUGCUGCCGUGCGCUCUGCGAGCCCUUCCCCAGCUGCAGCCCCUGCGGGGAGCUCGGCUCCGGGUGAGCUGCUCCCCGGGGCCGUGCGCUCUGCGGAAACGGAGGCCAGGGAAGGGAAGGCCGAGGAGGGUGAGGCCGGGGAGGGGGAGGCCGAGGAGGGGGAGGCUGAGCCGUGGCCGCAGGGGGUCCCCAUCCCCGCGGGGCCGCAGGGAGCAGAGGGCUGCGGAGCUGAAGCGCCGCAGGGGGAGGCCACGUGCAGGGCGCUUGGGCAGGGCGAGCGGGUGCUUCCGCGUGAGCCAGAGACUGAUCCGUGCGGGAUGCAGGAGGAGGGAGCGGGGACAGACGUGCAGGCAGUGCAGGAGGCUGGGGACGAGCGGGGUUUGGAGGGACGGAGCGGCGGUGCGAGCGCGCAGGGGCUGGCGGAGGCCGAGGAGGUCGCGCUGAGCCCGGGAGAUGUCCCAACUCGAGGGACUCAGCCCCAUGAUGAGGCCGCCCCUGGGGCUGAGACCCCUGACCUGGGAGCAUCGCAGGCAGCGUUUGCCGGAGGGGACCGGCAGAUCCCGGAGGAAAGCCAGGUGCUGGAGACAACCCAGGGAGAGGGUGCUGAUAUGUGUUCACCGCACGAGGAGGGGCCUCAGAAACCAGAAGACCUUCAGGCCAAAAUGGAGCAGCCAGAAUUUUUGACCCAAGCUUGGAGGGCUUUGGAUGGGGUAGAAAUCCGGGGGCAAAGUGCUGUUCUAGAGGUGUCUCCACUGGAGCCUGCUAAGGCCGAAGGCACCCAGGGGGACAGGGCUGCUGCAGAUGAGCUGGAGGAGCCUAAGGAAGGGAUGCUGGGGCAGAGCACCGACCCCGCUCCGCACCUGCUCCACAUCCACGGAGCGGAAACGCUGCAGGGAACCGGGACCGACGCAGAGGGGAGGCCUCGGGAUGGAGCCCAUGAUCUAGACAUGGAGCAGGGAGUGAACCGUGAGGCAGGCGAGCGGUUUUGGGGCUGGAUGGAGGGUUUCCAGCUAGAGCAGGACAGUGGCGCUGGCACAGCCUCACCCGUCCCAGAGGUGCCCUUAGUGUCCAGGGGGAGAAGGCAGGCAACACUCAUGCAAGAGGAUGUUCUCGUUCCAGAUGUGCCACCGCUAGGCGUUUCGGGACAGGAACAGGUCUCAACGUGGGCAGAUAAGGUGAGGCCAGAUGUUGCUCCCGAGCAGCUACUGCCAAGGGAGAAGCUGCUGCAGGUGAUGGAAAUGGAGCAGGCAGCUGCUGAGCCUCCAAAAGAGGAAAUGGCACCAGUGUCUGCCCUUUGGCCAAGUGUCCAGUGCAAGGACAACAUGGGGAGCAAUCCCAUGGGGACACUUGGAGACAGCCCGCUGAGGGACACAGCCAACAGUGGGGUGCAGCCUCCAGCACAGCUCUUGGAAGAACAAAGAAAUGGUCUGGAUGUUGGUCAUGGGAUGGUCAAUGGUCAUGGGGAUGGGAAGCAAGACGUCGUGCUGGAAGCAAGUCAGGAAGCAAAGCCCAGAGCAGAAGACUCAGGGGCCGUGUUGGUCCAUGGGGCAGGACGGGCUCCAAGAGGCUCUCCCGACCCAGACCACCUCUACAACGUGCUGUUCGUCGGGGACUCCCACGUGGGCAAGACAUCGUUCCUGUACCGGUUAUGCGCCGACUCCUUCAACCCACACAUCGCUGCUACAAUAGGGCUGGAUUACCAGAUCAAAAACCUUAUUGUGGACAACAAACUCUUCACUCUCCGCCUGUGGGACUCAGCUGGGCAAGAAAGGUACCACAGCAUCACCAAGCAGUUUUUCCGGAAGGCAGACGGCAUCAUGCUGAUGUACGACAUCACCUCGGAAUAUUCCUUUGCGGACGUGCGCUACUGGCUGAGCUGUAUCCAGGAAGGAGCAGAAGACGGAGUCACCGUUCUGCUCCUGGGGAACAAAACGGACUGCGCUGCGGAGAGACGCGUCCCGACGACGGAAGGGGAGCGCCUGGCUCAGGAGCACCAGCUCACCUUUUAUGAAUGCAGUGCUGCCUCGGGCCACAACGUCUCCGAGUCCAUGGUCAGCUUAAUCAGGCUACUCAAAAUCCGUGAAGAGCAACUGAAGACCAAGGUAGAAGAGGAACCAAAGCCAGUGCAGCAUCAGUGCUGCUGA